CCUUGCCACUUCGCUGCUGCUUAUUAGUGUACAGCUGCAGUUCUGCUGUCAUGCCCUCACUCUCCCACUCGUCACUGUCAUCGGCGAAGGAUUAUACCCCUCUGUCAAGCCACAGGCUGCUUUUUUGCUAUCGUUUUUACUAAACGGCUGUUUACGAUUGUCGCUCUGUAGACUUUAUGACACUUGGGAUUCCUUUGCCUUUCCCGCGCGCAACGAGGGAGAACGGCAACUAGGUAGAGCCCGUGGCACGCUAAGCGUCAUAAUAUGAACAGAUGUGCUCAGUUACACUGUUAUACUACGAUGUGGGUUUGUUACUGUUGAAGCCAUGGUGGCGACGGUUGUGAUGUAGUUGCCCGCUUACGUGUGGAACCAGCUUUUUUGUAUUGGCGCAACAGUAGGUAUCUAUGUAUCAACUAUGGCACCAGCGGGGCUUGUUGCUCCUGCUUUUAUUCUGGGUCGCCAUUGCUGCGAUGGCCGACAACGCUGGCUACCAAACGCCAGAGACUGCGCAAGCAGAGUAUCGCUCGUCAUCACCAGUUGAUAGGCUUGGUGUUCGCAUGAUCAGCCCUAUCUACGCCACAAUUCGGGACGGCAACAAGAACGUGACCGUUGCGCUAACUGUUUGGCUGCGGCGCGUUGGCGCAGCCAAGGGCCCUUUCGAUCUGCCGCACCAAGCUAAGGACGCUAUCAGGAUGCUGGUGUGGGUGGAGAAGCCUGACGACCUGCACAAACGCAAGUUUGGUCAUAUGGUGCUGCCGUACAACCACAGCGUCUGGCAGCCCGAGCUGCUGCUAGAGACCGCAGAGCCGGGACCUGUACUCCAGGUCUUGCCGGAAACGGGGCAACAGCCGAUUCCACCGAAGAUUGAGAGCGCGCUGCGGCCCUACUCACUGCGUGUGGAACUUCCAGCCGGCGUUGGCGACUGCUUCAAGCUCAUAGAGCCCAGCUACCCCAAGCACAAGUUCCCCAUCUGCCUGCCGCCCGCCGCCAAGGACGGUGUGUGCGCCGAACUCGCUCCUCCCGCCCGUCACACCGCCUCCGCACCCGCACUCUACAUGACCAUCGCGCCGGUUCGGCUGUUGGACCCGGACAGCAGCGUGGAGGGCCAGUGCGCCGCCGACCGCGCCUCCCUGCGCGACUGGCAGCAGCACUACGGCCGCUGGGCGGUGCGGCUGCGACACUACCUGGAGUACCACGUUGCCAUGGGCGCGUCGGGGCUGCUGCUGUACACGGACGAACUGAUGCGGCGAUACCUGGCGGCCGCACCGGACAUCCGCGUCUUCCUGGAGAAUAAGCAGCUGAGGCUGGUGGAGUGGGACCUGCCGGAGCGCAGCCACGAGGAUGAUGACGGCCUGGGGCGACCCCUGGGCUACAACUACGACCAGGCCCUGUUCGCCGGGCACGCCUGGCUGGGGCUGUCCGCGUGCGGCGCCAACCUGAUGCUGCUGGUCACCGACCUGGACGAGUACCUGCACUCGCCCCGCCCGCACGUGCGCUGGCCGGCGCCCCUCACCAGCUGCAUGGGCCACCGGGGUGGGGCCGCCCGCGCCCUGAGGGCCGUCAACAGAACAAGCGGGGGGCCCCCGGGGGCCCGCCGCGCCGCCACCACCACCUCCAGGACCACCACCACCAACAGACCCAGCACCGAUAACAACAGAACCAUCCGCAGCCGCCGCCUGCUGCAGGAGGCCGCCCUCACCCCCACCACCAAGACCAGCACCAAUUCCACCACUACCACCAAGUCCACCGCCAUCAGCGACUACCGUCUGCUGCGGUAUGAUAUCUUGGCGGGCGACAUAGACCCGGACGAGGAGGCGGAGCUCUGGGCCACAAGGCAGGACGGCAAGGGCAGCGGUAGCAGCAGCAACAACAGCAGCAGCAGCUCUGUUGUGAGUGCCUCUCACCCGCUGUCACACUACACGCUAAUAGCCAAGCAGCCGUACCAUGCGGUCCACGCCAAGGUGCUGGGGCUGCCCGCUGCAAACAUGGUGUUGUUUUUCGUGCAUGAGGGGCACGUGCUGUACGGCAAAUCGCAUGUGGUGGACCCGCAAUGCCUAGUGCUGCUGCACGUGAUCAAUUACCACUGCGCGCGGCGCAUGAGCUCGGAUCGAGAGACGUUGAAGGAGUUCAGUCACUGGAUGUUUAGAAGCGCCAAUGCGACGACUAAGGGUCAGCAGCCAGCCAGUGUAGCGGGGCAGCCUUGAUUCCAGAUGCGCUGAAGAGGGGUUGAGCGGGUUGGCGGGUCGGAGUGCUAACCUGCGUGGCCUGUCGGCCCCUUCACACAUGCACGGUAUGUACACCGCUUACACUGCUCCUUUGGUGAAGUACCGAAACGCGGUUUCCUAUGGCGAGGAGUUGUUACAGAAGUGCAACGUAUGAUGACGAUGAUGAUGGUGAUGAUGAUGAUGAUUUUAUGCCGCGGGUUUUUAUGCAUUCAGUUGUCUCUCAGUUUGGUGUGUUACUCCACCGGGGGGCCUUAUGGUGCAUUGAAGCAGGGCUGUCUUUACUUCCGGCCACUAGUUCAGCAACGGGGCGUCGAUGGAGGAGGCGGGCUUCGCCAUGAGAUUCAAUUCUUGUCAAACGAACGGUGUUGCCAGGAGUGUUUUGCAACGGACUUUUACAAUGGUUGGGCUGGAACGGUUAGUUUGCCUUGAUUGGGCGUUAAUCGCUGUAAUAAUGCGUUGAAGAAAAAUGGGUGCUGGGUUUUCUUGACUCCUUAUGUCCGUAAGUUACACCAUUAUGGUAAGGCGGCUUGCUUGCAUGCGUGCUGCUGCUGCAGCGCUGGGAGUCUUGCCUAGUCAUGGACGCUGUCCUUGUCGAGCCGUUGCUGCUAUGUGGACACGACAUGACCAACUUAGCAACGACACUGUGUGCGCGUGAUGCAACCCCUGGCAGAAGGGGUUUUGGCGUGUUUGUCAGGAUUGUGGCAUGUCGUACGAGAGCUUUGUGCUGACUUUAUGAGAUUGUUUACCAUUUCGUUGGCGAGGCGGCUCAUGCUAAAGCUGAUGUCGUAGUUAGGGUAAGGGGUGGGAGGACCCCAAAGCUCCUGCAACGACCCAGCUCCUGCAGGGGGACUCUGCCCUGACCGCCCACACGGCUUUGGGUGGGCUGUUCUGGCAGUAUGGGCUCCACCAUCUUGUUUAGCUGAGGCCCAACUCCAAUGCUAGGUCCCUGAAAAUCCCGAUGGAUUGUGCUUCGUUUACAAUGUCGCACGAUAUGAGAUAAGCUGAGUACUGAAGCCCCUCGUUAAGGUUACAACUUACAACGCAGCGGGACACCUUGCGAAGUGCUACCCAGGCUUGCAAAUGCGCAAUACCCCAGGAGCGUCGGUGCGCUUCCUGCGUGAUUGAUUUCUGAC